GUCGCAGCCGCGCUGCGGAAGUGCCCCGAUCCCAUUCCCGGCCCCGAUCCCCGCAGAUCCGGCUGCACGCAGGAACCGGCCUGGGGUUCUCAGCUGCCCUCGGGAUCCCCAGAGCCCCACAGCGUCCAUCUCUGGGGGUCCCCACCCCACUGCAGGCGCCGCCGGGGCCGAGAUGCAGCGCAGCGCCUGAACCCGACGGGGAGCCAUGGAGACGGUGGUCAUCGUGGCCAUCGGGGUCUUGGCCACCAUCUUCCUGGCGUCCUUCGUGGCCCUGGUGGUGGUGUGCAGGCAGCGCUACUGCCGCCCCAAGGACCUCCUGCACCCCUAUGACACCAAACCCAUCGUGGACCUCAUCGGGGCCAUGGAGACGCAGUCGGAGCCCUCGGAGCUGGAGCUGGACGACGUGGUGAUCACCAACCCGCACAUCGAGGCCAUCCUGGAGAACGAGGACUGGAUCGAGGACGCCUCGGGCCUGGUGUCACACUGCAUCGCCAUCCUGAAGAUCUGCCACACGCUGACAGAGAAGCUGGUGGCCAUGACCAUGGGUUCGGGCGCCCGCAUCAAAUCCCCCUCCAGCCUCGGUGACAUCAUCGUGGUGGCCAAACGCAUCAGCCCCAGGGUGGACGACGUGGUCAGGUCCAUGUACCCCCCGCUGGACCCCAAGCUGCUGGACGCCAGGGCCGCGGCGCUGCUGCUGUCUGUCAGCCACCUGGUGCUGGUGGCACGGAGCGCCUGUCCCCAACCCGGUGACAGGGACUGGGUGGACCGAUCGCUGGCGGCCGCCGAGCAGCACAUGGCUGCGCUGCGCCACGCUGCCAUGGCCGCCGAGCCGGAGAGGACAGCGGGCACCGAGCCCUUCAGGCAGGAGCAGUCGGCCAUCUGAGCCCCGGCAAUCGGCGGCGCCACCACCAGUGCCAUCGCCUGCGGCACCGGAGCGACGCCAUCGCUGGUGUCACUGAUUGCCAACAGCGGUGCCAGGUGGAUGCCACCACCAGUGUCACCAGUGCCGCUGAUGCCACCACUGAUACCAGUUGGGUGCCACAGCCGAUGCCACCAUAAGUGCCACCGGCUGUGUCACCGGUGCCGCUGGUGCCACCACCACUGCUGGUGGGAUGCCAUCACCAGUGCCACUGAUCCCACCGUAAGUGCCACCAGUAGUGUCACCAGUGCCACUGUUGCCACCACCAGUGCCACUGAUGCCUCCUGCAGUGUCGCCCCUGGUGCCACCCAUCCCCUCCCGGAGGAGCAGUCGCCCACCCGAGCCCUGGGAUACCAGCGAUGCCCCCAUCGGUGCCAAUAAACGCCCCGUGACACUGC